AUGUCGUUCUGUGGACCGAUUAGUGAUCGAACAGAUGUCACCCAGAUCGUUGUGGUCAUGGUCGGCUUGCCGGCUCGUGGCAAGAGUCUUAUAGCUGGCAAAGUCAAGCGUUACCUCCGAUGGACGUCCGUCAAAGCAGAGGUCUUUAAUGUAGGCAAAUACAGACGUACAGACAAUCCUCAUCCCGAUGCCAAGUUCUUCGACGUGAACAACCCCGAGGGAGAAAAGGCCCGCCGUGCCGCUGCUGAAGCAGCUGUUGCAGACAUGCUCAACUGGUUCAAAGACAAGGACAAUAAGGUUGCCCUUCUGGACGCUACGAACUCAACAAAGAGCAGACGCAAAUGGAUCUAUGAGAAGAUCGUUGAGGCCAACCUCCUCCACCUAUUUGUCGAGAGCAAAUGUGAUGACGAGGACCUCAUCAUGUCAAAUAUCUUGGAAGUCAAGACCAGCUCCCCUGAUUACGUCGGACAAGAUCCUGAGGCGGCGGCACGAGAUUUCCGUGACAGAAUCAGAAAUUAUGAGAAGGUCUAUCAAACUAUUGACGAGUCGGAACGGCAUUUGACAUACGUGAAGAUUAUUAAUAUCGGGGCACGAACUGUCAUCAACAUGAUACAAGACUAUCUUCAGUCCCGUCUCGUUUAUUACCUGACCAACCUCCAUAUCAAACCCCGAAGCAUCUGGCUUUCACGCCAUGGCGAAUCCGAGUUCAAUCUUGGAGGCCAAAUUGGAGGAGAUGCCAACUUGAGCGAACGUGGCGAACGCUAUGCAAAACUUCUCCCCGAACUUGUCAAACGAUCAGGGCUUCCCAAAGAUGCUCCCUUGACAAUCUGGACGUCUACUCUGAAACGUACAAGCCAAACUGCCAAAUACCUUGUCGAGGAACUUGGUUGGGAAAAGUUGCAGUGGAAAGCCCUCGAUGAAUUGGACAGUGGCGUAUGUGAUGGGAUGACUUAUCAGGAGAUUGCGGAGCAAUACCCUGAGGAUUUCCAAGCUCGUGAUGACGACAAAUACAACUAUCGCUAUCGCGGAGGCGAGUCGUAUCGUGACGUGGUCAUUCGUCUCGAGCCCAUCAUUAUGGAACUGGAGCGAAGCGAGAACAUCAUCAUCAUCACCCAUCAAGCCAUCGUCCGCUGCAUCUUCGCCUACUUCAUGGAGAUCCCCCAGGAGAAAUCACCAUGGAUGGAAGUACCUCUCCACACGCUUAUGAAGCUCACACCUAAAGCUUAUGGUACCGAAGUCGAGCGCUUCAAAGCCGACAUUCCCGCUGUCUCCACCUGGCGCCCAAAGGGAUCCACGGCAAAACAUCACGAUAGUGUCAGUGAUGGAAUGCCAGAAGACGUGGUUGGAGAAGUUAAGAAGGCUGCUGCUGCUGCUGAUACCGGUGAGCCAGAACCAGGUAUGCUGGGCUUGCCUGUGGCGUAA